UCACUCUUCGGCUCUAUUCGGGGCUCCGCUGACGGGAGGAGCCGAAGAAGCAGCAGGUGAAUGAUUUACAUCUAAUAGUUUUCACUGUCCCACCUUCUAAACAUCUGAUAAACCGGAUGAUCCGGUGAGCGGAGAUGUGCAGCUGUAUCUGACGGGUUCUUCCUCCUGGUUCAAGUUUAAUAAACAUCGGGAGCGGACGAAAAGGAGGGAAACUGUCGGCGGCCGGACUUAGCAGCUCUGAGAGAACGAUCCAGGACUCGGAGUCAUGUUAUCGGCCGAGGAGAUCCUGUGUGACACGCAGCAGGUGAUCGCAGGCCUGGAGGCGCUGAGAGGGGAGAACCGCCUCCUGCUGGAGAACCUGCAGGAGGCGCUGGAGAGCCGAGCGGCGGCGGACAGCGGCAGCGUGGAGCAGGAGAAGAGCGGCAUCAUCCAGGAGUCUCUGGAGAGGAUAGAGCUGGGUCUGAGUGAAGCACAGGUGAUGAUGGCUUUAUCUGCUCAUCUGGGUUCAUUAGAGGCCGAGAAACAAAAGCUACGAGCACAGGUUCGUCGGCUGUGUCAGGAAAACCAGUGGCUGAGGGAUGAACUGGCCGGAGCUCAGCAGCGUCUGCAAGACCGGGAACAGGAGGUGGUGACGCUGGAGGAGCAGAACCGACACCUGCAGUUCAUGUCCUCCAUACGAAAGUACGACCAGGAGGAGCCGCAGCUGGAUGAUAAGGACACGUGUUCCACCAAAGAGUCUCUGGAUGACCUGUUUCCUGCCGAGGAUGAGGAGCAGUCACAGAUUUCCCAGCCUCACCACAGCAGUGCGGCGGCUGCAGCUCAGCAGGGCGGCUACGAGAUUCCCGCCCGCCUGCGGACGCUUCACAACCUGGUCAUCCAGUACGCCUCCCAGGGCCGGUACGAGGUCGCUGUCCCGCUCUGCAAACAGGCGUUGGAGGACCUGGAGAAGUCCUCAGGCCACACCCACCCAGAUGUAGCCACCAUGCUCAACAUCCUGGCACUGGUGUACAGAGAUCAGAAUAAAUACAAAGAAGCUGCAAACCUUCUGAACGAUGCACUGGAGAUCAGGGAGAAAACUCUGGGCAUGGACCAUCCAGCUGUGGCAGCAACGCUCAACAACCUUGCUGUGCUUUAUGGGAAAAGAGGAAAAUAUAAGGAAGCUGAACCACUGUGUAAAAGAGCCCUGGAGAUCAGAGAGAAGGUUCUGGGGACGGACCACCCGGACGUGGCCAAGCAGCUCAAUAACCUGGCUCUGCUGUGUCAGAACCAGGGGAAGUACCAGGAGGUGGAGCGCUACUACGAACGGGCUCUGCACAUCUACCAGAGCAAACUAGGCCCAGACGACGCCAACGUGGCCAAGACCAAGAACAACCUGGCGUCCUGUUAUCUAAAACAGGGUAAAUACCGCCAGGCGGAGGCGCUGUACAAGGAGAUCCUGACCAGAGCUCAUGAAAAGGAGUUUGGAUCAGUAGAAGGUGACGGUCGUCCCACCUGGUCCGGUACCGAGGACGGAGCCUCAGGACCAGAUGGACUGAAGCGCAGCGGCUCCUUCACAAAGCUCAGAGAGUCCAUACGGAGAAGCAGCGAGAAGCUGGUCCGCAAGCUGAGAGGGGUGGGAAUGGAGGACACAGGCCCAAGGAACGCUGGGAUGAAACGGGCCAACUCCUUGAAUGUGUUGAAUGUUGGAGGAAGAGAAGGUCAGGACGUGGACCAGUCGUCAAAGCGUCUGUUGGAAAUCCGAGGCCUGAGCUCCAGCACCCAGAGUCUGGCCCGACGAGGAUCACUGGGCGGGGCCAGCUAACACAACACAACGCAAGGCUAACACAACACAAAAACAAGGCUAACACAACACAAACACAAGGCUAACACAACACAAAAACAAGGCUAACACAACACAAACACAAGGCUAACACAACACAAAAACAAGGCUAACACAACACAAACACAAGGCUAACACAACACAAACACACAAGGCUAACACAACACUAACACACUGAAUAUUACACUCAGUUCAUACCCUGACCCUUUCGUUUCCUCUAGUACAGGACAUACAUGUUACAAAUGAAGAUGUUAAAAUCAUACCUGUGACUUUCACAGUUUUCUUCAUUUUUCAUAUUUUCAGUUUCAUAAUCCACAUUUAUCUCCUAAUAACACCCUUCUCACAUAUCGACUGCUCCUGAGUAACAUCGUCUUUGCACUAAAACCAUUCAAAUGCAUUAACAUUCCAAUAACAAACAUUAGAAACAAUUUAUGUUUAAAAAAAAAAAAAAAAAAACUCAUAAUGACAUGUUUUACUUGACCUUAAACCAUGUCUUUGUUUCUUCGGGUCCAAUAUUUAACUGUAAUCCAUCAUUAUUUUACAUUAGGAGGAUUUUCUCUUCUAUCCUGUUACAUACAUUUAUUUCUAUUGUGAAGGCUAAUAUUUUAUAACUAACUUUAUGAUGUGCUCUUAAUCGAAGCACAGGGUUGAAAAGUUUGCACAUUGACCAAAACAUGUGAUAGUGACUGUUACAUGUGGUUUACGUCGAGUUUCUGUUGAAGUUCUUUUAAUGUGAUAAAUGUAUUUUUGCCUUUGAAAUGUGCACAGAGCAGAACAAUCGUCUUUAUGUUGCUCUGUGGAAAUAAGGACCAACUUUUUACAACUCAACUUCCUAGAAUGUGAAAAGCACCAGCUCUGCAACAUGAAUCCAGAACAUUGUGUAAAAAGUCUCCACCAGAUAUUCUCUAAACUAUGUCAAACACUGGAGGAAAACCAUUGAUGUAACAUCAGAAACCAAAGACAGAAGGUAACAUUCACAAACUCCCUCCAGUAGUUUGACACUAAAACUCACUCAUAAUAGAUGUUUAGGUUUCCUUUUUUUUUUUUUUUUUUUAAUUUUUAUAGAAAGUUUCUUGAAACCAGAGACUCAAACACUGAACGGCAUCUUCUACUUCAAGACACUUUAACCAUUAAAACACAAAACUGAUCCUGUUGAGUUUUCAUAAAUAAAACUCAUCACGUUUCUGAGUUCAGAAUGUUUCUAAAUGAUCAGAAUGUAAACGCCACACUGAGACCAGACAAUCUGAUAUUUAAAAUAAAGUCAGAAUUUACAAAAAUGAGAUAAAAACUACAGUAAAGGUGAGAAAUUCUUUAUGAAAUUACAUUAUAGUAAUUAAGUGACCAGGUAACAUAAUGAAACACUAAAUCCUGUCAAUAUUAUCAUGAUAUAUUGAUAAUAAUAUACUACUAAUAAUGCUGCAUUUGAGUCACCUGGGAAUUUUGACAAUUAAAGGUUUUUCAGAGAUUUAAUUCCAUUCAACAUAAUUUUUUCUCCUCAAAACAUUCCAACUUUAUUCUUGAAACUUUACCUUUUUUUCCUCAAACCAUAUUGCAAGUUUUUUCCACAGUUCAACUUAAUUAACAACAUAUUGCGACAUUUUUCCAUAAAAUGUCAAUGUAAGAAUAGCAUAAGGUUCUAAUAUUUCACAGUAAAAAGUAAAAAUGUGUCAUGAAUAAAUGUGGCAAAAUUAUUUUAAGGUAAAAUUAAAGUAACAUUUCAAAGGAAAACAGGUAACAAUGAACAGAAAGUCAUUUACUUGAAACAAUCUAACUUUACUCAAAUUUUUUUUCUCAUUAUACUACGACUUAUUUUCUCCGUAAACAUUUUGACUUCAUUCUCAACACUGCAACAUUUUCCUUGAAAUGUCACGAUCUAUGUGAAGACAAAGAAUAAAGUAGGAAUGUUUUGUGGAAUAAGUCUGAAUGUUUGAGUAAAAAUAAAGCAACAUUUCAAAGAAAAAUGAGGCGCAGUGGGAUGAGAAAAAGACAUUUACUUGAAACAUUCUGACUUUAUUCCUGAAACAUAACGACUAUUCAACAAAUAUUCAUAAUUCCUUUGAAAAUAUUUUGUUCUCAACACAUUGCGCCAGUUUUAGGUGAAAUGUUGCAACAUUUUUUACUAAAACAUUACAAUUUAUUUGACCGAUUGCGAUUUUUUUUCCUGCAAAACUGACUUAAUUUAUAAUAAUACAUUCUAACUUUUUGGGUCUGAAAAUAUUGACUUGAUUCUAUUUUUGAUACGCUGCGACUUUAUUCUGGAUCAGGUUUCCUUUUCGUUUCAUUCUGUCACAUGCUGUGAAUGAAUCUGUCCUGUUAAUUUCACAUGUUCAUAAACGUCUCAUCCACGUUAGAGACAUUUGUGGUGUUUUCUAGAGUCGUGUUUCUGUAUCCGAGGCCUGUUUAUGUGGAAUAUUUCAUCUGUUUUUGUUUGUUUUUUCUGAUUGUACACGUGGUUGAGACGCCGCCGCUGUCGUUUAACGGGCUGAAAUCACACUGUAGCGCGCUGAUCGCCAUAGAAACCAGUCUGUUACGAGUGAACAUGUGACUGUACGGACGUAGAACUGUAUUAUCCUGAUGCUGUUUUUACUCUGGAUCUGAUCAAUGUUUUGUAUCUAUUACUUGAGCUGAAAUGGAAAAUAAAGCACGAUACGAUGAA